AUGACCACCCCAAAACCCCACAUCGCCGAAACCCUCCUCUCCUGCGCGCACUCGCCCGACACAGCAUCCCAACUCUUCAAAGAACGCAUAAAACAGAAGCCCCUCUAUUUACGCCCAACAUCGCCCACACCUGAAGACAACCGCGACCGGCGCCGUCGCCACCGUCUCCAGAAGAAAGAAUACUUCCUCCGCAAACAGAAGCCGCGGCCCUUAUCUGCGCGCGAGAAGCGCGUCUCUGGGAUCUACGACCUGCCUAAGGAGGAGUGCAAGUAUGCGGUUUUCAAGGGCCUGCAUGCCAUGUGGGUGGAGUAUAUGCGGGAGGUGCUAGAUAUUGGGAGUCGCAAGCUCGAGGAGGUUAAUGUGACGGCGUUGUCGCAUGGGAGUAAGCUGGUUAGUGCUGAUUUCCAUGGGGCGGAGAUGGAGGUUGUCAGAAGUCGGUGUGCGGGGAGGGUUGGGGUUAGAGGAAUUGUGGUUAGGGAUACGAAGUUUACUUUUGUGGUUGUUACGGAGGGGGAUGAGGUUAAGAGUGA